AUGUGUCGUGAUGGGCACUUUAAUGGUGAUCAAGACACUUGGGACUGGAUAUGCAAUUGGGAGAAUUGGAGUAAGGAAGAUUGGAGUCAUUGGCGCAAUGAUGUUUACAAGCGUUUUAGCAAACGUAAUGGUGCAACCUGUCAUCGUAUUCAUUAUUAUAUUAUUCAUAUUAUUUAUUUUCGUGGUCACGCUUGCUUAUGUGAGAGACAUUGA